UUUUCUUUUAACUCAACAUUUUGCACAGCAUCUUGCAUGGAGACUCCGACAGCUGGGCUGGAGGCAAACGGUUCUUCCGGCUCUGGCUAAGCAGUGCUCGGAGGGCAAUUGUUCCACGCUCAUCAGACAGAAAAAAAUGAUAAUCAUGGUAUAAGGAAGAGGUUUACUCAUUCUGCCCAGAGGCUGAGCCAGCAGAGACAGCAAAGCUAAUGUGAUUCAUUGAAGGAAGACAGUGGACAAUUACCAGCAACUUGUUCACGUUUUUGCCUUGGACAGCCUAAGCUGAAACUCCCAGAAAUGACCCAGCAAAUGCACAGCCUGAGUCUCCUCCAGACCAAGAAGCACAGCAUGCCCUCCUCUCCCAACGCGGCCAAGCGGCUCUAUCGGAACCUGUCGGAGAAGCUGAAGGGCAGCCACACGUCCUUCGACGAGGCCUAUUUCCGAGCUCGCUCCGACCGCCUCAGCCUCCGCAAGACCUCCAUGAAUUUCCAGUGCAACGAAGCAAUGUUUGAGGCCGUGGAACAGCAGGAUCUGGAUGCUGUUCAGAUUCUUCUUUAUCAAUACACACUGGAGGAACUGGACCUGAACACACCAAACAGUGAGGGACUAACUCCUCUGGAUAUUGCCAUUUUGACAAAUAAUGUCCCUAUUGCUAAGACCCUUCUGCAUGUUGGGGCAAAGGAAAGCCCACACUUUGUUGACGUGGAGAGCAGGUCGGUGCAUCUGAGCACGCUGGUGCAGGAGGCGCAGCAGAGAGUGACGGAGCUGUCUGCACAGGUGGGGAACGAAGGUCUGGGCAUCGACACCACGGAGAGGGAGAAGCAGCUGAAGGCCUGGGAGUGGAGGUCGAGGCUGUACCAGCGCAUGAAGGCCGGCUACGAACACGCCCGAGCCCCUGAGGCGCCAACCAAUGUCUGUCUCAUGGUAACAAGCAGUACAUCACUCACUGUCACCUUCCAAGAACCUCUGAGUGUCAACUCAGCUGUGGUGACCAAGUAUAAAGUGGAAUGGAGCUCUUCAGAAGACUUUUCUCCUUUGGCUGGUGAAAUAAUCUUGGAUAAUCUUCAGUCUUUGAGGUGCUCUAUCACGGGUCUCAGAACAGGCCAGAGGUAUUAUGUCCAUGUUUCGGCGUACAACAUGAGAGGAUGGGGACCUCCAAGGAAAUCUACUCCUGAAUAUGCUUCUCCUUCAAACUGGAAAGACUGCAGUGGAAGAGAACCUCGGCACAGGGGACACACUGAGGCCCUGGAACGCCUCCUUCAGCAGGUUCGAGCAGCUCAUCAGCACUAUAAUUGCAGAGAAAGUUCUAAAUUACAAAAUGCUGGUCGCAAGCAAUCAGUUUCCAGGAGCCUGAAGCACCUUUUCCACUCAUCGAACAAGUUUGUGAAGACUCUGAAACGGGGACUCUACUUAUGUGUUAUACUUUUUUACAAAGACAAUUUGUUAGUAACCAAUGAAGAUCAAAUCCCAAUUGUGGAAAUCGAUGACUCUCACAGUAGUUCAGUUAUGCAGGAUUUCCUGUGGUUCACAAAGUUGUCUUGCAUGUGGGACGACAUCAGAUGGCUGAGGCAGAACAUGGCUGUGUCCGUGUCCUCAUCAACAGCCCUUCAGGCCAGGCAGAAGAUGCUUUCAGCAGCAGCACAGCUACAGAAUUUGCUGGGAACUCACAACUUAGGCAGAGUUUUUUAUGAACCAAUCAAGGAUCGACAUGGCAAUAUGCUGAUAGUUACUGUAAGAGAAGUGGAGAGUCUGUAUUCAUUUUUUAAUGGCAAAUGGAUGCAGGUAUCCAAACUACAAAGCCAGAGGAAAUCCCUUUCAACUCCAGAGGAGCCAACAGCGUUAGACAUCUUGCUCAUAACAAUCCAGGACAUACUUUCCUAUCACAAACGAAGUCAGCAACGCCUCCCUCCCGGCCUGUAUCUGGGCUACCUGAAACUCUGCAGUUCUGUGGAUCAAAUCAAAGUGCUGGUGCUGCAGAAGUUGCCCAAUGUCCUGUGUCAUGUUAAAAUCCGGGACAACAGCAAUGUCUCCAAAGAUGAGUGGGAAUGGAUCCAAACACUUUCUGGCUCAGAAUCUGUGGAAAGUAUGGAUCAUACUUCAGACUGCCCUACUCAAUUGUUCUUGUACGAGCUCCAGACGGCAGUGAAGGCUCUCCUCAAACAGAUCAAUCUACCUCUGCAUCAGGCAAAGCACUUCCGUCUGUACACACAGGAGGUGUUGGAACUGGGUCACAAUGUCUCCUUUCUUCUCCUGCUCCCCGCCUCAGACGACGUCUGCACUGCCCCAGGACAGAAUAAUCCUUACACCCCACACUCAGGAUUUCUUAACCUCCCUCUUCAGAUGUUUGAACUCGUUCAUUUUUGCUGUUACAAGGAAAAAUUUAUAAGCCUGUAUUGCCGCCUUUCUGCUGUCAUAGAGCUGGACUCUCUGAAAACCCAGCAAUCCCUGAGGGAAGCAAUUUCAGACAGUGAAGUCGCUGCAGCCAAACAAAGACACCAGCAAGUUAUAGACUACAUACAGCAAAUCGAUGAGAUCUGGAGGGAGAUGAGGUGGAUCACAGAAGCACUGCAGUAUGCAAGGUACAAGCAGCCAGCAGCUGGCCUGCCCAUAAGGAAGCUUGUGGAUCUUUCAGAAGAACACCCUCAAAAGAAAAUGAGCUCCACCUCUUCACAUCUAGACUGUCUUCCUUCACCUCCCCCUUCCCCUGAGGCCAGAAUCCAGAGGAGAAAAGCUGUGAGUGACUCCCAGCCCUGCUCAGACGAGGAAGGCUGCUCCGAAGUGUUCCUCCCAACCGACAGCGACUACGACUCCAGCGACGCGCUGAGCCCCAGGGAGCUGGACCUGAUUUACUCCUCGUCCCAGGACAUCUCCCAGCAGGCCGGCAGUGGCCUGGGAGGCAGCGCUCCCGACGUCCUCCAAGCCCACGACAUGAAGCCCUGCCUGGCUCUCCAUGGGGGCCUGACGGAGUGUGGUGCCUUUGAUCCUCACGCUGAAUGUUGCACAGAGUCCAUGAGCAAUCUGAGCAUGGCAGGGCUCACAGAGAAGAGCACGGACAAGUCCUCCAGCUCCAAGCAGCCGCUGGGCUUUUUAGGGAAAAAAAAGCUCGGGAAGCACCAACAUUACAACUACUUCGGCCGGCAGCACCGCUGGCUGCGCGUGCACAGCGAGACACAGGCGGGCUCCCUGUCUGAGGGGGUCUACACUCAGCAUCUCAUGAGAUCUCCAGAUUUGUCCCAAGAACCUACCUCCGGCGAGCAGUUCAAGACCCCCACCGAUGGGUCUCGGAGCACUUUCGUACCUCAUGCAUCCAGCCUUCCAGAAGGUGAGCAAGGCACGUAUGAGGAACCAAGGCAGAAUGUCCACAGGAUACACGUGGAGCCUUAUGAAACAACAUUUGUGCACGAGGAGGGCAAGCCCUGGGCAGUGAGCACACGGCCUGUAGGACACGCAGAUGUGCACAAUGCUAUGCAACAGACCACGGGUCCAGAUGAGCAGCCGGGUUCUGCUGUCCCAGAAGUCUUCAGCAGCACCCUUUAGCCCCAGAAUCCUGCAUGGCUUCCCAUGAGAUAAGAGCAUUAUGCACAGAAGGCCAUACUUACAAAAACCACUGGUAAAAAAUCCAGCUCCUGAAACGGCAACGCACGCCACCCAGAAGAAUCCUGAUCCUUCGACUUCCUCACCAGGUUUCUGGUCUCACAGAGGUAUCAUCUGUCAGGAUGUGAGCGUUAUUAUUAUUAUUAUUAUUAUUAUUAUCAUUGGCAUCUGCAGGUUGGCAGGAAGAGUCGUAACAAUCACCACAUAACAGAACAAUCUGUGGCUGCAAAUCCAGUAACAGCAGGUCUCUUGAUGUCCAUGUUUCUCUGAGCAUGCAAAAUUUUAAGCAUGAGUGGUUCUGCCUGCAAGUUAGCAGAAACUUGGUGUCCUCACGUUAGGGCUGUGUCCUAAACUUCUAUUUACCUGUUUUCCUCUGUUUCUUGUAAAUUUGCCUACUUCUCAGUCUUUUCAAGUGGAUUUAGGUUGGAUAUAACUGGAGUGCUAACUGGUCUAGUAACACAAAUAAUCCAGAGUUUCUAGGCAUUCAAAGAAAUGAAAAUUCUUUCAGCAUCUACAAAAUGCAGUCAACACCAUCUCUGAACGCUGUCAGAGCCUGACAUAAUUAGCACAAUGGGGUUUUUUCAGGAGCUAAGAUUUCAAAUUAUUUAUGUAGCAAGUUAUUUUAAAAUCUUAGGAGGUGAACCUUUGAGGCAAGUGCAGAACGAGGGCAGGUUCUGGAGGGAAAAUAUGCAGGGUCUGCACGAGAUUGAAGCAAAGUUUAUCUUUUCUUCUGCCACCACACAUUUCAUUAUGUUGGAAUCACUGUCACAACACCCAUUGGAAAGAAAUGCCCCUAUUUUUGUUCCUGAAUAUUCAUUGUAAUUUGAUCACCACGUCUGAAAUUGGGAUAUUCUGGCAAUUCAGGUUAGGGAAAUUUGGGGUGCAGUUUGAAUCUAAGAUUUUAUCUUUGGACCCCAAACAAAUGUUCAUAUCAUAAGGAGGGUGGGAGGUGGUGACUUUUCAUCCUGUAUUGUUUAAUGGCAGAUUACAGUGAGCCAGGAUUUUGUCCUUUACAAGCACAGUAAGACUUAGAGAACUACAGAAGAUGAUCUCAAAAAUGAAAUCUACAUUAAUGAGAACCAUAACACUGGAGUCACUAAGAAAAGAACUAAUGUGGAGAGAAACCCCAGCUGUUGCACAAGCUUUAAUUUUUCUUAAACAGUUCUUGAAGUUUAAUUUUAUAGGCCACAUUCCUGCUGGUUAAAUUCCCUCACUCCGUGUUUGCGCAGCCUUCUACCUUUCGGUUUUCCAGCCUCCAGGUGGAUACAUUCUAAGGCCCCCAAUAAAGAGAUUUGAGUUAAAUAGUUGAGUUUACAAGUCCUUGAGGUAAAGGUAAGGAUUUGGGCCCAUGAUCUGUGGUCCUUAUUAAAAUAGCACUUCCAUAACCCCAGUGCUAUUAAAAUCCCUGUGAACUCAAUCCAUAAAUUCAAAAAUAAAUGUUAUUCACUAUUUUAUGCUUGGUCAGUAUGGGGAAGCCAAGAAGAGUCUUUGCAGUGAUACGAAAGGCAAAAAACUUUCUCACAAGGGAUUUGCAUUUGUAACUUCUCUUUUUGGGAGCGGGAAGUUAACUUUCUUGCACCAAAAAUAUUCAUUCAUUACCUGAUCCAAAGCCCAGCGAGGAUGGAAAGACUUCCAUUCACUCCCACAGGGUUUGGAUGAGACCCACACUGAAAAUUCCUGUGGGUGAGAGCACACGGGGGGGAGCAGAAGCGUCAGUGCCCGUUUGCAGUUAGAAGGACACCCCUUGUGUGGAGCUGGGACUGGGGAAAGCCUGACUCACCCUCCAGAGCCAAGCUGAGAUGGCUGACUGUCACUGCAGGCACUCGCAGCUUUAGAUUCUGUUCAUCAGCAGAAGGCUUUGCACCAGGGAGACAAACAAUGUGAUGCUCAUAUGCAGAGCCAAAAUAAUUCACACAGGUUUUCUAGUGCCCAGCCCCUCCCCUAAUUUGUCUCACCUCCAAGUAAAACUGCCAUAAAAACUGUCUAUUGGAGAAUAAAAAUAACAAUGCACUGAGGCCAUAUAUUUUUGCAGUAAGUGACAAGAUAAAACAAGAUGUUUCUAAACGAAACCCACCUCACUUUGCUCUGGAUCAUCAGGAACAGUGAGGGCAAGAAGCAGCAAAAUCUUCAGCAGACAGGUACACACACUGCCGGUGAGAUAAGGAUGGAAAAAUCUGUUAGCAGAAGCAGCUAUGUAGCCAAUAAAGACUAGGUUCUUUAUUGGUAGGAAAGCCUUGACUUCAUCAUAAUCUUCAGUGCUGAGAUGGAAUUUGGGAGUGCAAUGCCAGCCACAUUCUACCCUGUCUUAAUUUUAACCCUCCUGUGUGGAAGGAGUGUUUAGGUGAUGCCCAAUGGGACAUGCUUCCUCAAUCCUGUAACCUCUAGAUUGAGGUUAUUCAACAUACUUUAAUAGUCAAAAUAGUAAUUAAUAGUUCUGGGUUUAAAUACUUCUGGUUAUAAAUGUGUUCUUUGUUCAGAAUUGCUAUCCCUCCCUAUUCUGAGUCUCGUUAAAAGAACAGUUAUAAACACCCUGAGAUAAAUAAAUAGUAGAUAGAGGUGCCUUUUGAGUACUGUCAUAACACUGAUCAUAAUGGUUCUGCAGUUCUCUUAGGAAGAUCACUCACACAUUUCACAUGCAACCACAGCAAUUCAGAAGAAUCCUGCUUUAAAUACUAAUUAACAAUUGGAUUUUCUACACAGUAAGACACAGAGAAUUCUAUAAAAUAAUGUUUUUAAAUACAGACAAUAAAGGGGGAGAGGAAAGACAGAUUAUUUUAUCCUGAAAAUCUGAAGUGUUUUGCAAGGAGAUAGUGCAUCUUCAAAUUCUCUGUGGUAUAAAGAAAUGCAUUAAGUUGCUGGUCAACUCUUCCAGGGUGAUUAAAUGCAUGGCUCAUGACUGUUAUGUAAAACGUCAAUACAGCCUUACAAACAACAAGGGUGCAGUGUACCUGAAAAUAAGAUAUACAGCUUGGAAACUUACUCUGAAUUUCUCUGAGGUGUUGAACUUUGCCAUCAGCAAAAAGUGUUUUUAGGAAACAGGCCUUGAAUUUUCAGACAACACAGAUUUCAUCAGGUUGGGUGUGUCAUUUUUCCACUACAGAAAAACAUUAAAUAACUAGAAUACUUUAUUUGUAAGUAUAAUUUAUCUUCUGACUCCACAAAGUAGAAUUCACAAGGCUAAAUCAUGCCCAGAAGUGAGAGGCAGAGCUGCUGGCCCUGUAUAUUUGCAAAAUGCAAGGGUAGCAUUCCCCAAGGUGGGCUGCACGUUGUACCCUGGCAGCAUGGACUGGUCACCCACCCUCCUUGGUGCAGGCAGCCCCCACAGCCUCCCUCCAGCUGAGGAAGAGCCUGCAAAGCCAUCAGGAGUUGUUUUGUUGAUCUGAUCAGGCUCUGGAGCAGCUCCAUCAUUGUUGGACCCCGUACAGAUCCCACCAGCUCAGAGAUCACCUCUCCUCGCUCCUGGUGUCUGUGAGCUCUGACCCAGCCAGCUGGUUCUCAGUCUGGAAUUCUGGGGUGAAUAAGAGCCAGGCUGGACCACCUUCCUCAGCCUUUUCACACCACAGCACCUUGGGCAAGAUUUAACCUUUAAACCAGUCAUCCCAUAAUAGGGCGAUGUGUUACUAAGCUUGGCUGUCACUAGGCUACAGAAAACCUCCUUUUGGGCUUGUCAAAUAACAACAACAGAUUUUUUUAUGUACAUUGUUAUUUUAAUUUUCUUUCUUGGAAAAGCUACGUGGAACUGACCUGGAGGAAAGGAUUGGUGUAGCACUAAUCUACCUUAUUACUGUGAACCGUCGUAAUUUAUUAAGCAGAUUUUAAGCUAAAAGCACAGGCUUUAUGCAUUUUAUAAAGGUCUGUUUGGGCCCAGUCCUGCUGUCCUUGGACCUCACUGCAGGUUCUUUUGCACUGGUGUAGAUCCAGAGUAGUUCCACCCAAGCUGGGUUAGGUGUUCCCAUUUACAGGUCAGCAUAUCCAGGGCUGGCUCGGUGUCACCUGAGGACCCGCACCAGUGGAGUCACCAUGAGAACAGCACAUUUAUGCUGCUGUAAAAAAUGAUACCUGUAGGGAAGAUAAAAGGGUUUUAUCUCAUGGAAUACUGCCCUGGAGGUCACAGGGACCGCUGGGUCUGGACUGGGAGAGCGAGCCCAGCACGCUGCUGCGUUACCAGUGGGGGAAGCCCACCCUGCAUAAAACACUGCUCCUCCUUAUAACAGGGAUCAAAUCCCUCUCCCAUGUUAUGCAAAUGAAUCCCCUACUGAAUGCAACGGGAGUUCCAGUUAUUUUGCCGAUAAAAACGAGGACUUAAUAGUGUUACUGGGGACUUGGGGGAGGGGAAGGGGGUUGUUUGUUUUUUCCCCUCAGAGAAAAAGUAAUUUAAGUGAAAUGUGCGAGGCAGUGUUUAAUUGCUUCCUGCCUUGUUUGUACAUAGCAAUUUGGCUGUUUAUUGGUUGUCUUUGUUCAGAUUUUUAUUGUCACUUGUUGCUAUAUAUGCAACCAAGCGUAUGUUAAAGUUUAAACUUUGCCACACAAUAAUGCACAAUUUUAUGUGCUUUGAAACUUUGUAACUAUCUCGGUGAACGAUGUAUGCUGUGCUAACUGUGAGCCUGGGACUUGACACAACAAUAUUUUCAUGCCUAUGUACCUGCAAAUGGUUUGAAAAUAGCAAAAUAUAUAUUGAGGAUGGCCACGAGCCAAGGGUAAAUGAGUGCCGUAUGACUCAUGCUUCUUUAAUAAUUCCUGAAAGAGGCAUGUACAGUACAUAAAAUAGACAAUAAAAAUAAUUUUCAAGGCUACAAAUAUUUUUUAUAACUUCAGAUAUUAAAUACUAUUUUAGAAAAAAAAAAGAUUGGUCGGUAAAAGAAAUCUUAAGUUUAUUCGAGUGAAUCAUUGUCAUAAAAAUGUUCUUAACAUAGAUUUUUUUUGUUUGAUCUAAUAUCAUAGAAAGUCAACUCUUUUAAGAUUUAGAAGACUUGAAUUGCUCUUGCAUUCUUACAGCUCCUGUGAUCUUCUAAAAUUAUGGACUUCAAGUCUUCUCCCUCAUUAACAAAAAAAAUGCUGGUGUGUACACUCACAUGAUCCCAAAUACCACAUGUACUUGUGCACAAUCUUUAAAGGGUGUUUUUUGAAACAUGUUUUAUUUUACCAUCAUCAAGUACCCCUGUAUGUGAGCUUUACAAUCCAUGCAAAUCUGAACACAGUUUGGGUUUUUCCCUGAAUUCCUUUAUUUUUAUUGGAAAGUGACUUUUUCUAAGGCCAAGCUUUCAAAUCUGGUCUCUAAAUUUUGAUUUUAAUUCAGACACCUGAAUGAAACAGGCAUGGCUUCCAGUGUUUGUGGGUGAAACCCACCCAAGGCAACAGAAAUUUAAAUUUUUUCACAUAUUCUUGUACAAAGAAAAGCAAAGCCAGGUAAGAUUUCUCAUGGAGUAUGGAACAGAGCUACUGCAUGUAAGCAAGAGAAAUAAGAACAACUCCAUUUGAAUGCUGAACUGAAACAGGAAGGUUUCUGCUCUGGGUCACUGUUUACCUGCUUUCAAAGACAGACAGCUUGCUAAAUGUAUUUUAACAAUGAGAUGAUGCCAUAAUUGGAAUAAGUGACAUUGCCAUGGUCACAGAGAGCUUGUAGGAGAGCAGGUACACGAUUUUCUGGUCAGCAUCCAUUAUCAGUUGAUUAUCCAUGCCUUGUGCACAGGUACACAUGGUAGAGUAUGUGCUGACCAAUGUCUGUAUUCCAGCCAGGACAUGCCAACUCAAUGCAAGUUUCUGAACAACAGCAUCUUACUGGAGUAUCUGUGGAUGUUUUCGCACAUGGAAAAUGUUUCAGCCAAAACAAAGCCAAAGUGCAGUUAGCUAGCAGAGCAAAACAAGUCUUAAAAUACAAGAUAAAACGUGACUGUCAUUUCUGCUUCCUCAAUUUUUAAUUUCAGAAUAUGAGAACUGUCACAACAUUUACUAAGUUAGUACACAAAAAAACAAAACAAAACAAAACAAAACAAACAAACAACAACAACAAAGGCAAGUAAUUAGUCAUGUACAGUAACCUAAGAAAUUAACUGGGAGAAACAGCCCAAGACAAAGCAGGAUUUUUGUGUGCAUGCACUUCAGUCACUCUGGUGCAUUUUGCAUGUCCCACGCAUUUUUAGAGCCUGCUUGUUUGUAUGUUUUGCUUGCCCCAAGCUGAGAUAUUUCUUCUCUAAGACCAGUAAGUGAGCAGUGCAAUUCUCACAGACCUUUCUCACACGUCUGCCAUGAAGGCCAGUGCUGUUCUCUACCUGCCUCUGUGUUCUCUGCUGUUUUACCGAAAUGCUUUUCAACCAACUGGAAAAAAAGUUACAAACUCUUCUAGGCAUGUUUCUGACUUGCUCUUCUGACAGUAAAAGAUACCCAUUUCGCUGUUCCACUCCAGUAUAUUGACCUAUAUAAACUCUCAUCUCUCUGAGAAAACUAUUAAUUUAUUUUUUAAUUCUGUCUUUAAAUAAAAGCUUUGGGUUUGAUUUGGGUUUUUUGUUUGUUUUUGCAAACACACAAAAAAUC